AUGGAGCUCUCAUAUCCAGGCUCUCUUUCCUCGGAGACCCUUGCGACACUAGCAUUGAAAGCUCUUGAGCCCCAGCAAACCGAUCACAUCUUUGCCCGAUACGAGCACUUGUUCCCAGAACUAUGCUCACGAUGGCUCGCUCAUGAUACCACCUCGACUACGAAAAUAGCAGCAUUUGCGCGGAUAUUACCUUUCGCACCUCACCUUUCCGAACUCGCAGAAUCUCAAUUCUCGCAGGCACUUUUCGAAGGACUCCUAGACAUACUCCCUUCGGAGCUUGAAGAAGCAAUUGCUCCAGCGAUACCCGAGUCGCAAUUAUGUGAACACUUACUAGGAGUCUUUCGACUGCUCGCGUUUGAUAAUUGUACCUUCGCGCGGUAUUUACAGCCUGCUCGGCUCCAGGUACUCCUCUCAAAUCCAAGCCGACCCGUUCGUUACCUGACCGUUCGGAUACUCUGUCUUUAUCUGUAUGCGGCAGAUGCUUCAACUCAAGAAAUGGUGUUACGAUAUGUCGGGAAAGAGGUCAUUGAAGGCGAGUGGGAAGGUCUUCGGAUCGACUAUUGGUUCCUGAGCUUGUGGGAGGAGCAGCGACACAAAGGGAUUGCGCAUGCUCGGUCGAAGAAACAACGCGAAGAUGAUAGUGUGGUGUCAGUCGCAGGGAACUCUCUUUCCGAUCAAUGUUGCGAUAUCGAUGGCGUCCUAUUACCACGUCUCUCUGCGACUAAUGGUCCUGCAUCUCCAAGUACCCUUGUACGAACAUUAUCGACAGUAGCAAAUCUUAGAAAACUUGCGCGCACUUUGACCAUUUCAAAUGCUGUUCUUUUGACCGGACUUCCUGGCUCGGGAAAAACGCUACUUGUCCGACACCUUGCAACACAAUUAGGUAAACUGAAUUCCAUGGUCACUUUGCAUCUAAAUGAACAGAGUGAUGCCAAACUUCUGAUUGGCAUGUAUACCACUGGUGCAGACCCUGGUUCCUUCGAAUGGACACCGGGUAUACUCACGACUGCAGUGAGAGAAGGCCGCUGGAUUUUGAUUGAAGAUCUCGAUCGAGCCCCAAAUGAGAUUCUCAGUACUUUCCUGCCCCUCAUCGAAAGAGGAGAACUACUCAUUCCAAGCCGUGGCGAGAGGAUCGUCGCUCCCCGCGGGUUCAAGAUCAUUGCUACUAUGCGCAGCAAUAAAAACAUGAAAGGUGAAGAAGUUACCUCCAAAGCUAUUAUCGGAUCGAGACUCUGGUCUACGGUACGAGUGGAAUCACUAUCUCUUAACGAGCUCAGGACUAUUGUUACUACAAGAUUUCCGAAGUUGCAGGGCCACGUCGAAGCAAUCAUCAGCAUCUACACAAAAAUCAGCACAGAACGCUUGGAAGUCGCGCAUACUGAUCAGCUCGCAAGAUCACGAGCUGUCACACCUCGGGAUCUUUUCAAAUGGUGUCGACGUAUGUCAUUGUCGCUCACGGACGGAGCACGUGUUACUGCCCAACAAAAAGAUGGCAUGUUUCUGGAAGCAUUCGAUUCAUUCGCUGGCAGUUUUCAAGAACAGCAAAGUCGACUAAGCCUUAUGACAUGCGUAGCUAAAGAGCUGCACAUAGAUUCCCAGAGACGAGACCAUCUACUACUACAUCGAGAGAUCUCGCAUCAUCUUGGUAACUCCAGUUUUCAAGUUGGCAGGGUCACUCUUGAUCGGAGAAAAGGGUUCAAGAUCACGGUGAAGGGUGAAAUGACUCCUUUCUCAACAAAUGGUCAUACAUUACGUCUACUCGAGAAAUUAGGACGAGCAGUUGAGUGCAAAGAGCCCCUGCUACUCGUCGGAGAGACAGGCACGGGCAAAACAACAUGUAUUCAAUACAUGGCAAGUCAGCUAGGCCGGAAACUAGUCGUCUUCAAUUUGUGCCAGCAAAGUGAGAGUGGCGAUCUUCUCGGUGGUUUUAAGCCCGUUAAUAUUCGCAGCCUCUUUAUCCCCUUAAAAGAUGAAUUUGACGAGUUGUUCGGGAUGACCUUCUCACGCAGAACAAAUAAUGGAAAGUUCAUGGACAUUUUGGCCAAGCGAAUGGCUAAAGGUAAAUGGACUGCUGUUUGUGCCCAAUGGCGCGAUGCCUUGCGCAUGGUCAAUACAUAUCGCGAAAAGAUAGGAUGUGAUCGAGAAGAGCAGCCAUCCAAGAAACGCAGAUUAGAUUGUGGUACUUCGGCUUUUCCGGAAUCUCGCUGGAAUAAAUUCUCAUCCAAUCUUACCUUACUCGAAUCGAGAAUAUCAAAAGGCUCGGGAGCUUUUGCUUUCGCUUUUCAGGAGGGCAACAUCGUAAGAGCUGUACGAAACGGAGACUGGAUCUUACUCGACGAAAUCAACCUGGCUUCGCCCGACACGCUUGAGGCUUUGGCAGAUCUCUUCGAGUCAGAUACGGAACCCUCUGUUCUACUCACGGAGACGGGUAAUGCACAGCGCGUAGUGGCUCAUCCGGAUUUUCGGAUUUUCGCUGCCAUGAAUCCCGCUACUGACGUGGGAAAGAAGGAUCUUCCACCUGGAAUACGAUCGCGCUUCACCGAGCUAUACGUGGACAGUCCAGAUGCCGACGACAAGAGCCUGCGCAGCGUUGUAGAGACGUAUCUUGGGACUAAUGAGCCCAACUCAAAGCGCAUUGUUGCCGAUGUUACUUCGCUAUACAGAGAAAUACAAGAUCUCGUCAGAAAGAACCUCCUGGUCGAUGGUGCGGACCAGAAGCCGCAUUUCAGCCUACGAACGUUGACUAGGACGCUGACCUACGCGCGAGAUAUGACCGGUCGUUGUAAACGUGAACGAGCACUAUAUGAAGGCUUUCAUAUGAGCUUCUGCACACUUCUUGAUGGUAAGUCAGAGAGUCUCGUAGCGCCAUUGAUCGAAAAGCACCUACUUCGUCAACACGGGAAUGCUCGAUCAGAACUUCAACGGUCGUUACAAGCCCCCAUCGAUCAUCGACAUUACUUGCAAUUAGGCCAUCAUUGGCUGCCUCGAGGGCCCAUUCCGGAAGCACAGCAACCUCACUACAUCAUCACGCCCUUUGUCCAGCGAAAUCUGAACAAUUUGAUCAGGGCAACCUCAACCAACAAGUAUCCGAUUUUAAUCCAAGGACCGACAUCCUCCGGCAAGACCAGUAUGAUUGAGUAUUUGGCAAAACGAACUGGGAACCAAUUUGUCCGGAUUAACAACCACGAGCACACAGACUUGCAGGAGUAUCUAGGGACAUAUGUGUCUUCAGAAGGUGGUCUCCGCUUUGAAGAGGGAAUUUUGGUCAAGGCUUUGCGCGAAGGCCAUUGGAUGGUCCUUGAUGAACUGAAUCUGGCGCCAACAGAUGUUCUUGAGGCCCUCAAUCGGCUACUGGACGAUAAUCGCGAAUUGCUUCUACCGGAGACUCAAGAAGUCGUCCGACCGCACGAAAACUUUAUGCUAUUUGCAACCCAGAAUCCGGCAGGACUAUAUGGCGGGCGAAAAGUGUUAUCGCGUGCUUUUCGAAACCGGUUUUUGGAACUUCACUUCGACGACAUACCGGUAGAGGAGCUCACAGAGAUUCUCCAUAGACGAACGCAUGUCCCGGAGUCGUGGUGUAAGCGGAUCGUAGCUGUCUACAAGGAGCUCUCUCUACUUCGUCAAGAAGAACGUAUAUUCGAGCAAAAGAGUUUCGCUACCCUUCGAGACCUCUUUCGUUGGGCAUUGCGUGAGGCGGAAACAAUCCAAGACCUGGCCACCAACGGGUAUAUGCUUUUGGCCGAGCGUGUCAGGAAAAUUGAAGAGAGAACAGCGGUGAAAGAAAUCAUAGAGAAAGUUAUGAGCAAGAAUGGUGCACGCGUACAGAUCAAUGAAAUUACAUUAUAUGGUUCUGUAGACGAUUUACCACAAAAGUUUCCGCGGGUCGACGGCGUAGUUUGGACCCAGUCCAUGCGCCGUUUGUACACACUGCUUGCUCAAGCUUUACGAAACCAUGAACCUGUUCUACUUGUUGGUGAGACCGGAUGCGGCAAGACGACUGUUUGCCAAAUCUUUGCAAAUGCUUGCGAGAAACAACUUCAUAUUGUCAACGCACAUCAGAAUACUGAGACUAGUGAUCUCAUAGGAUCACAACGUCCGGUGCGAAACCGAGCCGCAAUCGAAGAAGCUCUCCUGGAAUUGUUAGCACAAGCUUUGACACCAAUCACUGGUCAGCUGGACAACACUCUCGGUACUAUGUUACAUAGGUACAAUACUCUGUCUUCACAAGAGCGCGCCAUGGUCGAACCGAAGAUUCAGAAGGAAAUCGCGCAUCUAUCUACCAAGUCUGCUGCUCUAUUCGAAUGGGUCGAUGGAUCUCUUGUUACUGCUAUGAAAAGUGGCCAGUUUUUCCUGCUCGAUGAGAUCUCACUAGCCGACGACUCGGUGCUAGAGCGCCUCAACAGCGUUCUCGAAUCCGAAAGGACGCUGUUGCUUGCGGAGAAAGGUACUAAUGAGUCCUUGAUUGUAGCAAGUCACGACUUCCAGUUCAUGGCCACAAUGAAUCCAGGAGGUGACUACGGCAAGAAAGAGCUCUCACCAGCUUUACGCAAUCGUUUUACAGAAAUCUGGGUACCUCCGUUGUCGGACACAGAAGAUAUUCUGCAAAUUAUCAAAAUGAAGCUGGCAUCUGCUGCUGUGGCACAUGCGAGUGCGCUUGUGUCCUUCGCACAGUGGUUUGCUAAUAAGUACACUACAUCCGCGACGUCGACUGUGUCCAUACGUGACAUGCUCUCCUGGGCCUCGUUCAUCAACAACACUAUAACAACUUGUUCUCUACCACUGCUCGUUGCUAUUGUCCAUGGUGCGGCACUGGUUUACAUUGAUACCCUCGGCGCUAAUCCAUCUGCGAUGCUGGCAAUGUCUGCUGUUUCGAUUGAGGAUGAGAGGAGAACCUGUUUCUUGAAGUUGGGAUCUUUACUCGACACAGAUUUUGAUGAUUCCAUCUAUGACGCAUCAACAAUUAGCGACGACGAACAACUGAUGACCUUUGGAGCUUUUAGCUUAGCCAAGAGAACCUGCGUGAAUAUGGACUCAACCUUUGGGUUCAACGCGCCAACGACAAGGAAAAACGCCAUGAGGAUCGCUCGUGCACUGCAGCUAUCGAAACCCGUUCUUCUCGAAGGUAAUCCAGGUGUUGGAAAAACAACGCUGAUUGUGGCCAUGGCUAGAUCGGUCGGUGUACCUUUGACAAGGAUCAACCUAUCUGAGCAAACAGACCUCGUCGAUCUUUUUGGUACCGAUGUUCCCGUCGAGGGCGAAGCUGCUGGAAAGUUCGCAUGGCAGGAUGCGCCGUUCUUAAAGGCGAUGAAAGAGGGCACAUGGGUUUUGCUCGAUGAGAUGAACUUAGCUUCCCAGUCCAUUUUAGAAGGUCUUAACGCCUGUCUUGACCACAGAGGAGAAGUGUACAUCUCGGAGCUCGAUCAGACUUUUAAACGCCAUGCAAACUUUCGUCUGUUUGCUGCCCAGAACCCUCAUCAUCAAGGUGGUGGUCGGAAAGGUCUACCUGCCUCUUUUGUCAAUCGAUUUACCGUAGUAUAUGCUGAUGUGCUCACUGGCAUAGACCUGAAAUUAAUUAGCAAGCAGACCUUCCCUCAUGCCAAUGAAGAGAAGAUGAGUCUCCUGAUCACAUUUGUGUCAGAACUCGAAAAGGAAGUUGCUGUUUAUCGCAGCUUCGGUACGCAAGGCAGCCCCUGGGAAUUCAAUAUCCGUGAUACGCUGCGCUGGAUGCAUCUCAUUACAACAAAAAUCGGACUACUUGGCACUGGAUCUGUCCGCGACUACCUCGACACUGUCUUUACUCUUCGGUUCCGAUCAUCUACAGAUCGCGAGUCUUUACUAGCACUGUAUAAAAAGACUGGAUUAGGUCGAGUUUCCCCCCGAUCAUUCUAUCACAAUCUCAGUUGCAUGACAUAUCAAGUCGGACUAGGUACCACCACCCGAAAAAAGAUUGAUAUACCGCAUUCGACUUGUUUUCAGAUGGCUGUAGACGUUGACAAGCUGCCAGUUCUAGAAUCCCUGAUGAUCAGCGUUCAACAGAGAUGGCCUGUGAUUCUCGUUGGUCAGACUGGUAGCGGCAAGUCCUUUCUUUUGAAUCAUCUUGCUUCUACAGCUGGUGCAAGAUUAAUAACCUUCCCGAUGACCCCAGACAUCGAUGCAAUGGAUCUCGUCGGAGGCUACGAACAGGUAGAUCGCUCCAGAACUGUUAAUCGUCUUCGGGAUCAAGUUUCUCGGGUCGUUCGAGGCUUGUUGAUAGAAGUCUUAGUCAGCUCGCCAGUGAAGUCGGAGCUUUUACCGCAUUUCUUGCGUCUCUGUCGAUGCUCAUCAGAAGUGACUCUUAAAGAAGUCUUGCAGUCACUGUCCCUCAUUGGCGACGAAAUCACAGAGCCUCAAAUACGAAAUCUUUAUACUGAAGUCGAACUUGCAAUCGAGACCUCUUCGACACCAGAGGGUCCGCAGUUCAAGUGGGUUGAUGGUGUCCUCAUAGACGCUAUUGAACAGGGCCACUGGCUCGUCCUUGACAAUGCAAACUUCUGUAGUAGUUCUGUCCUAGACCGGCUCAACUCACUCCUUGAGCCUGAUGGCUACCUGAUAAUCAACGAACACAGUUCUGAUAGCGGCGAGGCUCGAAUUGUGAAGCCACAUCCUGAUUUCCGGAUCUUCAUGACUGUUGACCCAAAAUAUGGCGAACUAUCUCGGGCCAUGCGGAAUCGUGCUAUUGAACUUUUCAUUCUAUCGCAUCAGAAGCCGUGCAAUGACGGAGGUCUUGCACAUGCGCCUCAUUACAGGAAUGAUUCAUCAGUGUACCGCUUUCGCCAUGCAAUUGCGGCUUUGGAAUCAGUCAACAAUACUGCAAACAUGAUCGAUAUUGCAAUGGGUCAUUUGUCUCUCGAUGACAUGUCACGGGCUGGUAGCUUUGGUGAGCAACUUACCAUCGGUCUUGUUCGGACCACGUUGUCCUCUGGCAGUGGAUUCUUCGGUGAUGAACAUGAAGACUUAUCUAUAGGUGUUCUGGCACCCGUUACGUCUCCGUCAAUCUCGAACGAAUCAUCGUCGAGAAAUUCGAGCAGCAAGGAUAUUCUUUGUCUUUCCAAAGCGUGGUCCAUGAUGACUUUCACGGAUAGCCCAUAUGUGUCCAGCAUAUUGCCCAAGGUUCGGGCAUAUUAUGAGAGCGUGCAGCGCAACUUGAAUGUGUCGGUUCUUGAUCUACAUGCGCAAUCCAUACAUCCAAUGAACAACGAGCUACUAUGUCGUAUUGAUUCAGAUACAAUGGAGCAGGCAGAAUUCAUCGACCAUUCACUCGUUCUAUGUGGAGAUAUUGUGGCUAUGAAACGCCAGCUCCAAGCACUACCAACUAGGAUUUGGCAUGGGGCCUUGAAACUACUGAUGAAGAACAUUCACAUUUUUGUGUCGUCUAUUCCCAACCACGCCGCGAGAUACAUUGAGACUGCACUUCGGAUUGGAGACCUAAACAUUGACUUGAGUUUCGUCCGUUCUCUCGUACUCGUUUGGUGGUCCAUCACGGAGACAAUUGAGCACAAUAGGCCAGAUAUGACGAGGAUCAACGUGUUGUUCUCUAUGCUCCGACAUCUAUCUCAAUCCCAGCCUAGUCAAAACAUGCCACACCGGGAGCUCCAGGCGGCGCUCCUGUCCGAGCUUUCUAACUUCGACCAGAGCAGCAAACUUACAUCUGGAUUCAGCAUGGAGCGCCUGUGGCAGUCGUUUAGACCGGCCACGCCGACUUCUUCUGAAUUACUCACAAGCACUCUCAAGCUAGAGAAAGUCGCGGAACAGUACGAUUACGCUUCAUAUCGCUCGUCUGGUGAGCUGUUUGAGCUCGCUAGAACUCGUGCGUCUCUCUCACAGGCAAUGGAUCUUGUCGCUACACAAGGAACAAACCCAGAAGGUCUACUGAUGGGCGUUACUGGGCUUUUGAACUCUUUGCAAACCAUGGAUUCCGAUACUGAUAUUCAAGAAACACCUUCCUUUCGAGGCUUCUUUUACCUUAUCAGUCAGAAACUUCGAAUUGCGGACGGUGAACAAGAUGAGACUGCCAUCAGGCUUGCUGUGACAUCUAUGCUUGCCCAACAGCCAACAAAACCUAAUCGUUCCGGUCAUUCCAUUGCUGUCAAGCUCCAGCGUCUGAUUGACUAUGCUGAUCUAAGUGACCAUACUUCUCCAAUCCCGGCUCUCACUGACAGCUCAUAUGAAACAUUGAUCGUUGCUUUGGAGCAAAAAGAGUUCACUAAUCUGGCAGGAAUGGCCCGUACUAGGAGAGAGAUUGCUGUCUUAUGUGAUGUGCUCAUCUCCAAGUCGUCGAUAUUGAUGAAAGACCAAGUCGCUGUUUUGGACUCCUACUUAGGGGACAUCUCCCAAGCCUUGCUGGCUGCACACUCGGACUAUUUUGAGUGUAAUUCGUUAGAGCUGCUGGCCAAUGUUCUUGAACCCCAAUUGAAAAGACUUGCAUCUGUCUUGCAAGAAGCCGAUCGCUAUCUCAAGGGUCAAUACGACACCCCUGCAGCCCGAUCCCGUGCUUCAGCAGAGAUAUGGGUCAAGAUCGCCUUUGAGGCGCUUUUGCUUUUCACGCCGAACAUCACCUUUGACCCGGCGCUCAAGCCCAUGAUCGAACGAGACUUCUACUUUCAUCGACAGCAGAGUCUCCAACGAGCCAGACAGGCACUCGUCGAAUUUGAAUCUCUAUGCACGGGCCAGAUUUCAACACUCCGCAUCCGCCACAUCGAGCGCCAAUUGUCCGAUCUUGGUAAGGAACCGGUAGCUGUACCGAUCAUUCGACCAAAUCACCCAGAAUCAGACAAUCUUCAGGGAGAGUUCAACAACCUCCUGGUUGUUCUCCGACGAAUUGAGACAAAUGGCCUUGAAACCCUGGCGACAGCUGAUGACAACUUGCUCCAAAACUUGUCACAGAUUAGCCACCGACUUACUCGCGGGUUCCGUCAUUACGAUGAUCUCACCACACCAGUUGUUGGUUUCCUGUCCUGUCUCAAGAUUGGUAUCACUUUAUUCCAGGUGUCUUCUCGAGACCAGUCCAGUACAGAAACGGAUCCGAUCAACCACGUUUGGAAUAUGACGCCUUUCAUUACUUCUCGAAGAAGACUGCUGGAUGCCGAACUUGUCCAAACAGCAUCCAUGAUUAGCUUACAUUGUAUGCUGGAAGCACUACAAGUUGAAGGCGCUAUCGAACAAAGCUUUCGGCGAUCUUCGGCUACAAAUGAACUGAUAGAGCACAUUUUCGAUCGUCUAUAUUUAGCUUGGAAGGAGCUCCUUCGCAAAGAACAAGAGAAGAACGCUGCAGAUACAAGUCUUUAUACUUAUCGUGACAAAGAGAAAGAUGUUGAAGAGGAGGAGACUGACCCAGACCUGUUCCCAGACUAUGAGCAGGGUGGUGUAGUCCAUGACCCGCCUCCGCUGGACCCAAUCGAGUCUCCCCGCGGGUCCGCGAGUAGACUUGCUAGCAUACAUGCCGCUCUAUUCGUAAAGAACAGAGACACCCAAAGUUCCAUUCGAGCUAUGAUCUCCAACAUCUCGACCAUGAUCGCACAUACUCGGAAUGUUCCUACUACCAGAAUGAACACACCACAAAACAUGAUGCCACUCAUCCUGCUGGGAUUGGACAAACGAUCCUGUGAGCUGGAACAGGGCGAGCCAGAUUUUAAGGGGUAUAACUUCUAUCAUGACCACAAUGUCAUUGAAGCUACAAAAUUUCAUUCACUUCUUGGGAAGAUUGUGAAACGGUUUCGUCUGAUAAAGAGUGUCUGGCCCGAGCACGCAACUUUGUCAGAGGUCAUCGAGCAUUGUCGAGAAGCCCUAUCAUUUAAACAUAUUGACCCGCUGGCUAAGAUGAUUACCAAAGCAGAAAAGAUACACAGCGUGAUGAACGAGUGGCAAAAGAUCACAAGUAGAGAAUUCAGUGCUGACUCAUUGUACGAUGGGCUCACUUCCCUUAUUGUGGGCUGGAGGCGACUUGAACUUCGAACAUGGGCGAGACUAUUCGACCAAGAGCAGGACAAGUGUGUCGACGAAGCAAGAAGUUGGUGGUUCAUCGCGUAUGAAACCAUAAUCGUAUCAACAAGGUCCUUGGACGCUUCCGAUGCCUCAGUUGUAAAAACAUUUACCACCUCUCUGCUGAAGACUCUCGAAAACUACAUGAGAACCACCUCAAUUGGAGAGUAUGCUCAUCGCCUAAGCUUGCUCAGACAAUUACAGCUUCACUUGGUAGCUUUGUCUAGCAGCCAUACGACAUCCUCGACUGUUGCGAUAGCGCUGGGCAACUUUAUAGGAUUUUAUUCGCGCUUCGAGAAACCGAUUCAAGAAUGCAUUCAAGUCCUGCGAAAACCUCUAGAGAAAGAGAUCAACAAGGCAAUACAACUUGCAAGCUGGAAAGACAUCAACAUUGAUGCCCUGCGCCAAAGCGCGAAGCGUUCUCAUCAGAAGCUGUCAAAGGUAGUACGAAAGUUCCGCGCGAUUCUUAGACAACCGGCUUCAUCAAUCAUAAUCAGUGAUAUCUCACAAGAUCCUCCUCUCAAGGGCUUGCCAUUGAAGCAGUCCGAAAUUCUCAAAUCCGAGGAUAAAGCAGCAUUGAAAAUUGUACUAAGAUCAGUACCAGAAUGGAAUGAUCGAGCUCCACGCUUCAAAUUUGUGGCUUCAACAGUAGCUAAGAUGCAGGCUCGAACUACUAUAGGAGACUCGGGGGCUGUGGCCUGUAGCAAACUGGAAGCCUUUUUGGAUGACAUCGAUACGACCUCGGCCCGAUUGCGUAAAGAAACACCUGCCACUCUUACCAAGGAGAAUACUGACAAUGUUAAACAUCUCAAGACACAAAAGCGCAGAGCUUUUGUAGAUGUGUUGAAAGACCUUAGGAAGAUGGGUUUCAGUUCCAAUGUCGGCGGUAAUAUCUUGCUGCAACAAGAAAGCACUGCUAUCAUCUUAUCACAGCUAGGCUCGUUCCCUGACUCGUUCCGCGACGUCACUGGCGGUGCCGAAUAUUACCUGCAUAAAGUUUUGCAGACUAUGCCUAAAGUUAGAGAUAUUACCAGAGAGCACUCUGGUGAUGUUACUCCAGCUGAAGUAGCUCGUAGCAAAUCACUCCUGGAAAGUAUCAUGCAGAUGUCGAUUCAACAGCGCAAAUCAAUAUCUGAUGCUUCUCAUGUCCACUUUCGUUUCAAUGAAGCUCUUCAUCAGCUCGAGAAUCUCUGGCGUCCAGACGAAUACAAAGUCCGAGCUGAGACCAUAGGAUGUAUAUCUUUUGUUGAGCUCCACAGAAACUUUUGCUGGUUCUCAACAAUGCUUGAAACCGCAAACUCAUUCAUCGAUAUACAGUCCAAACUGAGUACAAUAGAUCUCGCUCCAGUCACUCACGGCAUCAGUGACUUUAGUGGGAAAGCGAAGACACUAAUUACUCAAUGCGAGGCUAGCGCGAAACUUCCGGCUCCUCUUACAACGACGCUCAACGAUAGCAUUGCACUUGAGAUCCAACAAUUGUUCGACGAUGUCAAAAGCUCAUUUGCCAUAUGGAGUAGUGAGUACCCAGCUACGCAAUCUAUACUCGAUAAGGUACUUCCAUAUACGAAUUUGGAUUACGUCAAUCCAAACAUUGUUGAGAGCUUGGAAAGUUCGAUGGAUGUAAGCGAUGCCCAAAGUGCUAUACUUGACACUGCAGAUGCCAUGCUGGCCGCUGUCGAAGAAGUAGAAAGUGGUCUCCCAGCUCUAUCACUCGCUACUGACAAUGAGAAUUGGCUUGUUAAUCACAAUAAGGCCUUCGCGAACAUCACGAAAUCACUGCGUUUACAGCAAGUCUGCAAUCGUAUCGAAGGCAUAAUCAGGCUAACAUAUACCCGCUUUACUGUACAUGCAGCUCCGGACAACUCAGUCACGAUUAUUGCCGCAUUGACAUCAUCUAUUCUUCCUGUGUUCCGACAAUACAGUAACUCUUGUUCAGAGCUGUUGACCAAAUACACUGAUUUCCACACUAUCACGACUCAGAUGCUGUAUCAUCUUAGUAAAUCUUUUAUCCAGGUUGGCACUCAGGGUUUCUGUACCCCAUCAGAGAUGUCUGAUGAGAAGAGCGGACAAAACGAGAAACUUGAAGCUGGUACUGGUCUUGGUGAAGGCGAGGGCGCGGAAGAUAUCAGCAAAGAUAUUGGUGAUGAUGAGGAUUUAGCUGAUUUGGCCCAGGAGCCCGGCGAUAAGAACGAAAAAGAUGAUGACAUCGAGGACGAAAAGGACGCUGUCGACAUGGCAGACCAAGAAAUGGAGGGCGAGAUUGGUGAUGUCGAAGAGAAGGCCACUGACGACAGUGAGACUAGCGAUAAGGGGGACGAUGAUAUAGAGGAUGACGUGGGCGACGUUGAUGACCUUGGACCAUCAACAGUCGAUGAGAAGAUGUGGGAUGAGAGUGGCAACGACAAUGAUAAGGAAAAGGCCGGCGAGGACGCAAAUGGUUCGGAAAACAAGGACGAGCAGGUCGCAGCUAGCGACGACAAAAAUAAGGGGGAAGAAUUCAAAGACGAGGCUGAAGAUCAAGAUGAGUCUGAGGCGGAGGAUGGCAACGAAGAGUUAGAAGCAAUUGGUCAAGAUGAGGUCGAGCAGAUGGAUCCUCAUAUGCAAGAGACCGAAAAGCUUGACCUUCCAGACGAUCUAAAUAUGGAUGACAACAAAUCUGAUACUGCCUCGGACAGACUGGGCGAAUUUGACGACUUCGACGAUACUGAGGAGCAACCAGAUGCAGAAUGCCAAAAUGACCUCCCGGAAGUAGACGACGACAUGGAAGAUGGCGAGUCUAUGGAUGGAAACAAUGAGGAUCCGACUGUCACUCCGGAGGAAACCGAAGAGGAGCUCACCAACGAACAAGACAAGACUGAUUUCGAAGAAGUCGAAGACGAGCAAGAAGGCCCUAAACAACACCAGGACGAUGUCCAUGACUUGCCAGAUAAAGACAACGAGCAUGCUGCUCACGAGUCUGCCGACCUUGGAUCCGGUCAAGAUGCAAUGGACAUGGAGCAUGACCAACAGAAUCCAUCGACUGGCGCUGCAGCAAAUCAAAAUGAAGGUACUUCGGGAGAUACUACCGAGCCUGAAAGUCAGCAGCCGACCGAAGCGGGUACCGAGCAGCGUGCCGACAUUACUGACGGCGCAGGGCGAGGCGAAGACGAGGAAAGCGCGGAAAGUCGUGCAUUCAAGAAGAUUGGCGACACAAUAGAGCGCUGGUACAAGCAACAACGCGAAAUUCUUGAUCCUUCCUUUCAGUGCCAAGAAAGUUCAGACCAGGAUAAGGAAGUCGACAUGACUGACGCGGACUUCGAGCAUCUACCUGACGACGAGGCUAAGGCCGAUGCUCAGGCGCUCGGAGCUGCCACCGAGGAGCAAGCCAAAGCAAUCAAUGAGGAUCUCGCACUACCUUCAGAUAACGUUCAGGAGGAAAAGAAGGACGAAUAUGCCAUGGACGUCGAUGAUGAAGAAGAAGAAGAAGAAGACGAACUAACACCGCAGGACGCUAACCAGAGGGACAAGAAUGAUCUUACUCAAGACAGAGAAAGCGAUGGCAAACCUCAUACUUUUAUUGGUGAGUCAAACCAGCCCAGAGACCGCUUUGACGACGACAUGCAAAUCGAGGAUGAAAACCCCGACGAAGACGCAGAUGACAUCGAACCAAUCGAAUAUCAACUCUCAACCACCCACCUCGAUUCCUCAAACACCUUUCGCACGGCUCAAGAAGCCCGCGUCCUCUGGUCGCACCACGAGAACUCCACCCGCCCCCUGUCGCAGUCCCUCACUGAGCAGCUUCGCCUUAUCCUCUCCCCUACCACAGCUACUAAACUUCGCGGCGACUUUCGCACUGGCAAACGUCUCAACCUCAAGCGGAUCAUCCCCUAUAUCGCGUCCUCAUAUAAACGCGACAAGAUCUGGCUGCGCCGCUCUCUCCCGUCAAAACGCGCAUACCAGAUCAUGCUUGCGCUUGACGACUCCCAAUCCAUGGCGGAGCGCCGUACAACGGACCUUGCAUUCGAAACCCUGGCACUGGUGAGCCGUGCACUGAAUAUGCUGGAAGCAGGCGAGUUAGCUGUCGUCAGCUUCGGAAGCGAAGUGCGCAUUGCACAUCCUUUUGAGCGCGCGUGGAGCAGCGAAGCUGGUGCAGACGUGCUCCGACAAUUCGGCUUCCAGCAAAAGGGUACAGAUGUCAAAAAGCUGGUAAAGCAGAGCAUUGACAUCUUCCGCGAUGCUCGCCUGCGUGCCUCUGGAGCCGGCGCCGAUUUGUGGCAGUUGGGCAUUGUCAUUUCUGAUGGCUAUCAUGACAAUCAUGCGGAAAUUCAGCGCCUCGUAAGGCAAGCUCAGGAGGAGCGCAUCAUGAUUGUGUUUGUCAUUGUUGAUGCUGUAAGGAAGGCGCAGGGUGCGAGUGCGGCUUCGGGUGCGGGCGACGAGGUCAAGGAUAGUGUGUUAGACCUGCGUAGUCCGGAGUUUACAGAUGAUGGCAAGGUCGUGUGGAAGAGGUACAUGGACACUUUUGCAUUCAGGUGGUAUGUUGUUGUAAGAGACGUGGCUGAGUUGCCGGGAGUGCUGAGUAUGGCACUAAGGCAGUGGUUCAAGGAGGUUGUCGAUUCGUCAUGA